CCUCAUGGUGUCGCUAGAGGAAAAAUCAGAUAUACACCGUCAUCCAUAAAGUCAUACAUCGUCUGGGAACCACAAAUGUGUUUAUAAAAUUUGGUGCCAGUCCAUUUUGUAGAUGCUGAAAUACCGUAUUUCAGUGGAUGACAGAAAAAAGAAAAAAAAAGGUCAGGCGAUCACUAACAUUACAGCCACGUUGCUAGCAUGGCUAGAAAUCACCAUACCGUUGGCUGUGGUGGUGGACGGACGAGUGAAGACUUCAUUUCACUGUUGUCUCUUCAUCAGCUGUUUGCUCAUCCUGUUGACCUUGGUCUCAGUUUUGUCCCUGGUGGCUAUCGCAGUUGACCGCUACCUCCGGGUGUAUAUCCCUCACAGGUACAAAAGGACUGUAACACGGAGACAUUCAUGGUUUGUGGUAGCAGCAUGUUGGUUUGUUGCAAUACCACUAAGCUUUGCUCCAAUGCUUGGAUGGUACAACCACGAAACCUUGUCUAAUUCCAUCAACUCUACCAUUGUCUGCCAUUUUGUAACCGUGAUCCCCAUGUCAUACCUGGUUUACUUCAACUUUUUUCUCUGCGCUUUGACACCUCUGUUGAUUAUGAUUGUAUUGUAUGGCUUUGUAUUCUGUACCAUUCGAAGAAACCUUAGAGGGAAACCAGGCAACGGUGCCCAGAAACACUCUCAGAACUACCUGAGGAAAGAGAAAGAACUGGCAGGAUCUCUGUCCCUGGUAUUGGCCCUCUUUGCCCUGUCCUGGCUCCCCCUCCAUAUAAUGAACUGCAUUGCUUACUUUAGUGGCGUGAAAGUUGUACCAGACAUAGCUUUCUAUGUGGGCAUCCUGCUUUCUCAUGCUAACUCAGCUGUAAACCCAGUUGUUUAUGCGUUCAAAAUACAAAAGAUCAGGACUGCAUACCUGAAGAUCUGGAGACAGUAUAUUGCAUGUGGAGAGGAAAAUCAAGGAUCUCAGUCAAGCCAGACGACAGACAACAAUUUCAUCAGUAACAUUAGCAGUGUGGCCAACAAUGGGUGAAGGCGAGUUUUCCUUGUUUGAGUGCUUCUUUGUUCUUAACAAUCCCGUCUUUGACUCAUAACUAUCAAGGCAAAUUGUUGAAUACAAACAUUAAUACAGCAUUUCUUUGACUCAUCAUUGUGUAUUUAGCUGUCUCAUGUUUUAUUUUAGAAAGUCAGUUGAAGGUCCUAUUUUUUCUGAAGUUUAUCAGUUAUGUUAUCAGACACACUGUAUUUUUAUAGGUUUGUGGGAGGCUCCGUGAUAGUUGAGCCCUUUCUUUUUUCACUUUUAAAAUCUCUGCAAAGCUCUUUUGUUUGUAUUUUGUUUUGUAUAUGAAUAUAUUGAGUAUUUUCUUCCUAUCUUCCAUAAACUGUUUUGUGUAGUUUCCCCUGCUGUCAGUCUUUUAGCUAUGCCGGGCUAUAAAUACUCUCUGUAUAAUGUAUUAUCUCUGUAUUAGAUGCACAAGAUGAUCAAUACUCUCAUCUGACUCUGAGUAAAUUGGCAAACGUGUACUUCCCAAAAUGCAUUCUAUUAAAGACGUAGUUUCAAGCCUUCCCAGGAAGUGAGAAUUUCUGUAACAUGUACAAGGGGUGAUUGAUAAGUUUGUGGCCUAAGGUAGAAGGUGUCAAUUUUAGAAAAGCUAGCAAGUUUAUUAAUCAACAUAGUCCCCAAUUGCUCUGUAUGGAAAAUGUGGAAUAGCACAUAACGCCAGUUGUAAAAUUGUGUAUUCUGGCCUUGUAUCCAUCCAAAGUAGUUGCGACCCCAUUGUUUUUACCACGUAUAAAGGCCACUGCAUGUUCCUACUUUUCCCAGACAUAACUAUAGGUAGGAAGACACGUCCCCAUUCUUAAUCCCACCUGCAAAACUCUGGUCGGUUAAUCAUUUCUCCAGUGGGCUGAAGUAGCCACCACCGAGCC